AUGCUCUUUGAAUAAUUGUGAUCGGAUUAGUGUAACCUUUCUACGAUUGGAUAUAUAGGUAUGUUCGCAGUACUUACCUAGUAAUCUGUGACAUGUGAAAGGGCGGAUGUUGCCGUGGUGGGGUGCCGGCGUCGAACUUUAACCAGUUCUUCCACUACCGAUCCAAUGGAAGCUUGCUUUAUUCCCCUUUGCACCAUGUUGGCAUACACCACAAUACACUACGCACAUGUAUGCAUACGCUUUCAAUGCACGGUGCAAUACAUUAUAGGGGAGUAUUGCUCAUUUCAUCCAUUAAGAUCAUCUCCGGUCUAAAAUAAAAGCUACCCUACCUUAGGGGUUGCUUUAGGGAGCCUACUUAUCUACCCAGCUAGUCCCGGCAAGAAAAUGUCCAAGAAUCAAGAUUUCGACCACCUAAAGCCUGCAGCUACCUCGCCACAACGACCUCGUCAUCAAGUUAAACGGUCCAUAACUGAGUUAUCAUCGCCAAUCAAGCUGCCCCGAUAUCACCACUUACAUCAUCUUCAACGGAAGGAUCGCGACAACGAUGACCAACCCCCAUUAUCCGCAAGCAUCAUGCUUCAUAUCCCGCGAGGCUCGUUUGACCUACCCCGAUCCGAAGGAGCAACUCCGUCGGCAAAUUCAGAAUCGGGCCUCAGGAUAAGCAUGCUUAAUUCUGCCACCGAGGAUGCCAUUCGCAGCGUUGGGCCCGCGGCGCCUCAGCUGCCCUCGACAAGUCAAGAGGAAUUAUCGCACGAGCAAAAAGAGAAGGAGGUUUCAAGAAUAUCGGGUUUGAGGAAAUCGCUCGUGGAGUUAAGCGCAUCUUCGACUACGACGACAAGACGCCUCGACGAUACGUAUUACGCCGUUCUUGAAAAGCUCGGUACACUCCAGGGCGCAAUCAUAGCUCUUAAGGAACUUGCUGGCAUGUCACAAGAACUAGACGAGAAUUUCAAAACGGAAUCGCAAGUUUUAGUAAACGAGCUGGAGCAGCAGGCCAAUUCGUUUGGUCAAUUCGAUGACCAACAAAAAAGAAUCGAAGAACUACAGGGUCGCAUACACGAAGGUCGCGGCAAGGUUGAGGCUCUCAGCAAACGAGUGGACGUGGUACGGGACCGAAUCGAGAGCUGGGAGAGGGCGGAUAUGGAAUGGCAGGAAAGAACAAGAAGACGCCUUACAAUUAUAUGGAUCAUCACGUCUAUUGUGAUCUUCUCACUAAUACUUCUCUUUGUCGGGGCUCAGUAUGCACCUUCUGAAGAUACGUCCGGACUUGCCAUCUCAGCAUCGAGCAAUGAAGGACAGCCAGAUAUGAGCGAAAUGGGUAGUAACCAUAGUAAAAAUGUUGCUACUAUGGUGGAUGAGGUGAGACAGGUACUCGGCACCAGGAGAGAUGGGGAACCCGUCGAAGACAAUGUGCUCCGAGCCUUCGACGAGCUCUGAGCCGUAACUCCGGGAAAGGCUUUGGUGGUUUUUUUUUGGUUCGGCUUUCAUAUCCGGAGAAUUAGAAUGCAUUAUAGUAGAACUGUAGAAACAAUGAUACCCCUUACAAGAUUAGACACAACAUGAAGACAAUGCCGGU